AUUGUUUUUGGGGUUGUUGUGAAACCAUAGCCUUCUUAUCCCAUCCAGUUCGGAAAGGUCGUUGUACAGAGGUGCUUUGUGGAAGUAAUCUUGCCUUGGCAGUUUCAGGUCUGACCUAUGCCAAUGGCUUUGAAGCUGGCUAUCAGAGAGGGAAGGCCGGGAAGGCUUUGGUUUGGAAUUCUCAGGCUUGCUUUUUGCUUGAAGGUGGAACUUGGUUGUAUAUAGGUACUGUAGUUCUUUUUUGAGGAUGGAUGUGCGGGCUUGCUGCAUUUUCGCACUUCAUCAAAGAUCCCAUGCCAAUUUCCGGGCUUUGCCUAUGCAGCUGAAAUCGUGGUUCAUGCGAGCGCCUCCAUGCCAGCAGGCCGCGGGCAACGGUCCUGCGCAGUACACCUGGAGCGAUUGGGUGGUAGACAUUGCCAUUGAUUUGGUCCUCCUUUGGGUCGUCGUGGUCAUCUUCGCCCGCUUCGAACGCAUUGUCUAUGCCCCGAAACAGGAGAAGGUGAUUUGGGGCCAUGGGGCUAUGACAGUUGCCUUUGACAAUGAAGGCAGUGAAGAUUCACGAAGCUUCUUGCAGAGAAGCUGGCAGAAGAUGUUUCCCAGUCAAUCGAGUGGACACUUCGCCCCUCACAACGUGAGCCAGGCAUAUGAAGCUGCCCGGGAACACCAGCACAAUUUGCACGGUCAUGGUGAGCAGACCUUCUAAACACUGAAUUGCAGAGGGGCUAGUGUGGCCAGACUUGUCCACGCAACUCUAACUCUCUCCCUCUCUCUCCCUCUCCCUCUCCCUCCCCCUCUCUGAGCCGGGAGUGCCGAGAGGAGUCUAAGUGUCGAAUGAACUUCCCCUCAGAGGCGG